AUGAAAAGUGUGGCAAACCCUGAGGACACGGUGUCACGUCUGCUCGAAUCAAAUCUUCACGCCUGCCUUGAUCUUCAUCCUCUGACAGGAAACAUGUCAUCGUCACCGAGGGUGGGUGUGGUCAGACGCUCGAUGCUGACCGACCCGCUGCUAAUCAAGGCGCCUCUUGGGCGCUCGCGGUCCAAAGGUUUUGCCGUUCCUGGUCCGGACUUCACUUUUGGAACCAGCAGUAACUCGCUGAGGGAUGGAGGCGUGGCCGAAGCUCUUUCCAGCUGGAACGUUCAGCCGCGGCAGGAAGAAUCUGCCACUCAGCAUGCAGACUUUGUGUCUCUGAACCGCGAGGCGGUGAAGUCUGGCAUGGUGACGCCCAAAGAGCUGAGUCAGUACCGGGUUCAGAGGGCCCAGAGCUCCGCCUCCGAACUGCGGCACGGCCGGCUUCCACGACGCCGAGAUCAGGUUCCUGACAUCACGUUUGGAGUCAGAAACAGGCCGUCGUCUCCGAUGUCAGACGUCCUGUCUCAUCAGUACGCUCAGCGCUGGCUCCACGAUCAGCUGAGCAAGAAUCAAACCCACAACCUCAAAUGCAAGAUGAAACCAGGGUGUAUUCCUGACACGAGGACCAGCCUGCUGAGGAGGAGUAAAUCUCUGCCGGUCAUAGAAACACCACCCAAACCAGCUCGCUUUGCACAGGUCGGUCCGGCUCUCGACACCUUCAGGGACCAGGAGACUCGUGUGCGGGCGUUUGGGGCUCGUCGCUCCAGCUCUCAAACCCAGCGCUCAGUUCUGAGGACCGCCCGUCAUGAAGAACCUGGUGGAAAACGGGCGGAGCCACUCUGAGGAUGUUUUCAGACAAAUGCAAAUAAAAGAUGAAAAGUUCUCACAGCAAGAUGACUUAAAGUUUCCUCCAAACAACAUGUGGUCAGAGAGGAGUCCCCCAGGGCUCUGUACUAAAUGCUGAUGAUACUUUUCUGUUACCAGAUAACUUGAA